AUGACUACCCGAUCGUCGGUCGCUCGGGGAUCGCCAGCGAACCCACACCGAACCGACACCGAGUCCAUUGUUCCUCCCGCCACUAUCUACGACGGAAGUAGCAGCCCGGAGAACAAUUCUCAGGACCGGACUUCCCAACUUAGCGAGCACCUCGCUGAGGUCGAACGCCUCGAAACCCUUCAUGCGUUGCUUACCCGAAAGAAGGAACUCGAGGAAGCAAUCGGCCAAAUAACCGAGAAAUCGUUGUCGGAUCGCCAUCGACGCUCUUCCUCUACAUCAUCUGAUCGAGGACGAGCUUCCGGAGAAAUCAAAAUCGAAGUUGCAAUUUUUAAAGCACACUACAGUAUACAACAACGCCAAACCUGGCUCAAUGACCUCCAAGACAUGUUCGCAGGCGCACCCCGCAAAUAUGGAUCGGACGAGAGAAAGAUCCUUGGUGCCACCAACUGCAUGAGUUCUGACUGUCGCGAAAGAUGGCGACACUAUGUCGAAGAGAAGGCGGAGCCCCAGCGAACCGCUUACAAAACGACAUGGGAACUAUUCGAGAAAUGGACUCUUACGUUACUACACAAUUCGGCCACACUACAAGCCGACAUCGCUACCUCUUUACAAGAGGCCCGGCAAGGUCCGAAUCAAAGUCCAAGCGAUUUUAAUUCCUACCUCCUCUCGCUCGAAAGACAUUUCGAAGCACCGUCGGAGGAUCAACGGGCACUUAACUUCUUCACUAAGUUACAGCUUCGCCUCCGAUCACGUAUCCAGAAUGCUAUGCUUCAUUUGCCUAAAAAUCGGGACGAGAUGGUAUCGACAGCGAUGCACUAUUGGAACCUCAUUCAAACGGAGUCGGGAACAAAGGACUACCCUCCCCGCUCAACAAACAAAAGACAUCACUCCCCUGACCAACAGGGAUAUCGAAAACGGACUAACUUCAACGGGCCAUCCUCCAACUUUGGUCGGGGCCGAGGAUGGAACCGUGGAAGCUUCCGAGGACGAGGUGGUGACCGAAACCCAAACACUAAACCAUAUUCAAACCGGCGUGAAUUCGGCGCAAAGCCGCAUGAUCGCCAGCGAAACGAUAAUACAACUCCACAAAAACCAUACAGCUGUUUCACCUGCGGGUCAACAGACCACUGGAAGGACCAGUGCCCCCAAAAUUCGACUAAGGUUCAGUCGGCACCAGCGCAUUCGGGAAAAGCCAGAGGCCGCCUAUAUAUCCCAAUUACCGUACGGGGCGACAUCGAAACGCAUGCGGAUCUCGAUAGCGGAGCCGAGGUUGACAUCGUCAGUCAUCAAUUUGCUCAGCAAUACGGACUCCGUCGCGCACCACUCACCGGCGUCAUUAUCUCAGCUAUCAAUCGAAGGUCAACACCUACUUAUGGGGUGUGGAUAGUCCCUAUCACGGCGACCGACUCGCGGGGGACUACUCGCACCUUCGAAAGGCGUUGUCUAGCUAUCGAUCGAGACCCUCGCCUCGAAGGAAGCCCGGUUCUCCUAUCUAUGACAACGGUGCGAGAUGAACACGUCGACUUUUCGCCACAUAAACGCCAGUGGUGGUAUGUCGCACCGUCAUACUCGAUAGCCACCCCAUAUCAAUUUGUAAAGGAAUGCCGGAACCACGCGUACGUGUAUGCGGUGGUAAAGCUUCCUGAGGAAGUGUGGCUUCCAGGAGACAACCAAGAAUACCCCGCCUCACGUGAGGAGGGUCUCCCUAGCGAAUUACUAGCGUACCGCGACGUAUUCGCUCCCGAAAAUGCCAAGACCCUACCACCUCAGAAAGCAACAGACCAUACUAUCGAGCUAAAAGACGGCGAAACGCCGCCGUAUGGCCCAAUUUACCCUCUCUCUCAGACAGAACUUCGAGAGCUUCGGUCCUACCUAGAUGAAAACCUUGACAAUGGUCGGAUCCGACCCUCGAAAAGUCCAGCAGGGGCCCCUAUCCUAUUUGUUCCAAAGAAGGAUGGCAGUCUACGUCUCUGUGUAGACUAUCGGGGAUUAAAUAAGGUCUCAGUCAAAAACCGGUAUCCCCUUCCUCUCAUCUCGGAGAUCCUCGAUCGACUCGCUGGCGCGCAGUUCUUUAGCAAAAUUGAUAUACAAGAUGCGUACUAUCGGAUCAGGAUCCGUGAAGGAGAAGAGUGGAAAACAGCCUUUCGCACUCGCUAUGGCCAUUUCGAGUAUACAGUCAUGCCGUUUGGUCUUACGAAUGCACCAGCCACUUUUCAGAAUUAUAUUCACACGGCGUUAAGAGGGCUUCUCGAUGUCGUUUGUGUGGCGUAUCUCGAUGAUAUCCUGAUCUUCUCGCCGGACCGCGAGGCCCACACAGAGCAUAUUUGUCAAGUGCUACAGAGGUUACGACAGGCACAGCUAUACGCGAAACCUGCAAAAUGCACCUUCUACCAAGACCAGGUUGAAUUCCUAGGAUUCGUGGUGUCUAGGAAUGGCAUAUCAAUGGAUAGACAGCGCGUCGACGCUAUCGCUUCAUGGGAAAUCCCAAAAAGCUACCAUGAAAUCCAAGUAUUCCUAGGAUUCUGCAACUUUUAUCGACGAUUUAUCCAAGGGUAUAGCCUGAUUGCAUUACCUCUAACCUCCCUGCUUCGAGGAAGUAAGAAUGGCAAGAAGCCUGGUAAUGUCUUGCUCUCCGACGAAGAAACGCAAGCGUUUCACCGGCUUCUCAAUGCAUUCCAAGAAGCCCCAGUGCUCCAGCAUUUUGAUCCACAAAAACGGAUCCGUAUCGAAUCUGAUGCAUCAAACCUUGGGAUGGCUGGAAUCCUCUCGCAGCCAGACGCUAGCGGGACAUGGCACCCCGUAGCGUACUGGUCAAAGAAAUUUAUUGGCGCGGAGCUCCGUUAUGCGACGCCAGAUCAAGAGCUUUUCGCUAUCGUUUAUUCGUUUAAACAAUGGAGGCACUACCUAGAGGGUAGCAAGUAUCCCGUCGAGGUGCUUUCAGACCAUGCUAAUCUCCAGACAUUUAUGAAGCAGCCUAAGCUUAACGGCAGACAGGCAAGGUGGCUUAUGUUUUUAACUCCGUUCGAGUUCACUAUAAAGCAUCGCGCUGGGAAGACCAAUCCCGCGGAUGGCUUAUCAAGGAAACCAAAUGCCAGUCGGGUUGCGCCCGCAGCUGAACUUACGACCCCGAUCCAAGAGCGCUUCGCUAGCGAUCAGGGGGUGAAUGUACAGCAAAUUGCUGUCAAAGAAAUGAAUACCGGUCAGGAUGUGCCUGCAACCAAGGCCAGCCAGGAUGUGCCUACGACUGAGCUUAGCGAGCCCGGGACGCCGGAGCUUAGCAAGAAGAGAGAUAGCCGUCGAGCAUCUCUGCACCGUCGAGUGCUGAUACGCCGUCGAGCGUCUAUUAAGGGAGAGAAACGCCGUCGAGCUUCUCUGUACCAUCGAGUACCUCUGCGCUACCCAGCGUACCGCCGUCGUGCGUCCCGUGAAAAAGUCGUUAGUCACCGCUGCAUGGUUUUGCCCCUAGUCUUAGAAGAAGACGCCAUGACAGUUCGCACCGCUGAGGGAGAUCGUGCGAUCACCCAGCGGGAGGUUGAGCGCGCCUGUGUGGUUGAACAAGUCUACGGGCUAGACGCCACGACAGAAUUGAAGACCUUAAUUGGGCGAAUACAGGGUGAGGACCCUGAGGCAAGGCGUCGAAUCGUCGGAGUCUCAGAGGCAAGGCGUGGAAACGUCGGAGUCUCACAAGCCAAGCGUGGGACCACGGGUUGGUCAGUUCAGGAAUUGAACUCCACGACUGAUUUAAAGUCCCAGAUCGGACAGGAACAGGGCGGAGACCCAGAGACCCGCCGUCGUAUCACCGACGUUAAGCUAGAAAAGCGCGGGAACCAUGGAUGGCUAGUCGACCAUGAAGGCCUCCUUAGAUACCAAAAUAGGUUGUACAUCCCCAUAAGAAAUGGCCUACGUCAGAAACUGCUAAAUAUCUACCAUGAUGAUCCACUCGCAGGACAUUUCGGUCGAACUCGCACCACCGAGUUACUAAAACGCAAAUUCCAUUGGGUUAACUUGCAAAAGGACGUGGCCCAAUACGUCAAAGAAUGCGCAGUAUGCCAAGGGGCAGCCACACCAAGGCAUCGACCUUAUGGCGAACUACAGUCGCUACCGAUUCCCCAGCGACCCUUCAGCGAUCUAGCAAUGGACUUUAUCACCCACUUGCCACAGACAAUUUACAAGGACAACACCGUCGACGCGAUCUUAGUUAUCGUGGAUAGAUUUUCAAAAUACGCCGUCUUCCUACCCGUUUCAUCUACAAUUGAUGCUGUGCAACUAGCUGAAUUGUUUCACCAAGAAAUCGAACUCCGAUUUGGCCCGCCAAAUAGCAUAGUUUCAGACCGAGGAUCAGUCUUUACUAGCAAAUUCUGGUCUAAACUCUGCUACCAAAGCCAUGUCAAAUUGAGAUUUUCGACAGCGUUUCACCCGCAGACCGACGGCCAAACGGAAAGGAUGAACCAAGUACUCGAGAGCUACCUUCGAUGCUUCGUCAAUACGGAACAAACCAAUUGGCCAGUCCUCCUCCCUACAGCCCAAUUUGCCACCAAUAAUGCUAUAAACUCAACCACAGGGUUUACACCUUUCAAAGCACUUUACGGUUAUGACCCAAACUUCCAAUUGCGCGCCGAGGACGGCGCUUCCAGGGAGGAAGUCCCAGCAACUACAGCACGACUAGAAAAGUUGCAAAAGCUACGAGAAAGGCUUCAAGAAGCAUGGCGAAAAGCAAGCGAAUCGCAGGCGAAACACUACAAUAAACGCCACGAACCUAUACAGUUCCGAAGGGGACAAUUAGUUGCACUAUCAACCCGCAAUCUCCGAAUAAAGAACCCAUCAAGAAAACUUGCCCCAAACUUCAUUGGACCUUUCCGGAUCCUUGACAAAGUUGGAAAGCAGGCGUACCGGCUAGCAUUACCCGAGCAAUACUCUCGUCUACACAAUGUCUUCCCUGUCUCUUUACUCCAAGAAUGGCAUCAGCGAAACGAUAGUGAAACCCUACCUAUGCCAGAGCUAGAAGAUGAUGAUGAGUGGGAGGUUGAGGAGGUCCGGGGUGAAAAGAAGUUCCAGAAUGAACUACACUACUUGGUUAAAUGGAAAGGAUGGCCCUCCGAGUACAAUCAAUGGGUACCACUCUCGGACAUGGGGAAUGCUAGAGGUAUUAUCGCAAAGUUCCAGAAGCAAAAGAAAAGGUCGAAUUGA